AUGGCUACAGAAAUGCAGCACUACAAUCAGAAUGACCCGGCUACCGUGCUAAGUCUUUCACAAAGAGCACCCUCUAUGCUCUCCAAAUCAUCCCUGAAGCCAAAGUCGAAGCUGCUGUCCGUCGUAUCUGCUAUUGAAGAGCCUCUGGAAUGGGCCGAGUUGGAACAAAUCUUCCUCGCAUGUCUCAGAUCGAGCGACGAUGAAACUGCCCACUUAUGCCUCGAACGUCUAACGACCCGAUUUGGUGCCGAAAACCACCGUGUGAUGGCCCUGCGUGGAUUGUACCAAGAAGCUGAAGCGAAGAAUGAGGAGGACCUCCGGCGCAUCCUUCAAGGCUACAACAAGAUUGUGGAUGCUGAUCCCAUGAAUUUUCUGGCUACCUUUCCUUCAGAUGCUGAGGCUUGGUGUGAGCUGUCUGAUCUGUACCAGACCCAGGGUAUGAGCAGCCAAGCCAUCUUUUGCCUCGAAGAAGCCCUCCUGAUUGCCCCAAAUGCCUGGAAUUUGCAUGCAAGGCUCGGGGAACUGAAUUAUCUGGCUAGUCAGUCUGGACAAGAAGGUGCUUCGGCAAAUGAAAAGCACCUCACAGAAGCCGUUCGAAGAUUUGCAAGAAGUGUGGAACUCUGUCAAGAUUACCUGCGCGGGCUCUACGGCCUGAAAAUAGCUACUGACAAGUUGUCCACUUCUCAACCAGCCAGGACGGCAGAGGCAAUCUCCUCGGAUGUGGUGCAGCAGCUCAACAACAUGGCUGCCACAAAGUUGAAGCACAUCAUCAAGCAGGACUCGGCCCAUGCUGUUGGUCCUAAGAAAGCGGAAAUUAUAGCUGCGCAAGCAUUGCUGGACCAAUCCAAGUCCUGA